AUGGCUUCUUCAGCACAGCCACUUGCGUGCGAUUCAUCCUCUUUUCUCCCCGUUUCUACGUCCCAACACCGCACGCUAAGGCCACAUACGCUACCGCCAGGAAGCGGCAUCGUUGAUUUACUUUUCUAUACAACUAAUAUAGCAGAGAUACUUGAAGACUCUUGGUUUCUGGGCUUCCGAGCCGCAAAAUCGGCUUCCAUGGCGCAGAUUGGUUCAGGAAGCGAGUCUUCCCGUCAGAUGGACGGCAAACGUUCCAACACCUUGGUGAAAACCUGCAACCAUUGUGCUAAGGGCAAGAUUCGAUGCAUUCGCCAUGGAGACACAGGCCCCUGCGAUCGAUGUAAACGCUUGGGUAAGGAUUGUCAGUUUCGCGAGGUUCGGAGUAGUGAAGGCAGUGUCACUGACGGGACACCGGGCAGCCCUCUUCGGAGGCCUACGGAUAUCAUCGACAAAGGUUUACUGACCAUGGAAGCUGCCUCGUUGCUUUUCGAUGAGUAUCGGGCAAAUCUUGUGCCUUUUUGCCCAUUUUUAGUAAUCCCGUCGCAUACAACCCCGGAGGCUUUGCGAAGGGAAAAGCCAUUCCUAUUCCUAGCCAUCCUAACAGCUGCUUUAUACGACAACAUGCCCAUGCAGCGGGUCUUUGAAAACGAGAUAAAGAAAGCCAUUAGCCAUCGUUUGGUUUUCGAUGGCACAAUAUCGUUCGAAGUAUUACAAGGACUUCUGGUCCAUAUUACUUGGUGUCAGUACCAUUCGAGGCCACGUCGUUUCUCCCAGUAUCUGCACCUGGCAAUAAGUGUUAUCAAUGAUUUACAACUCGAUCGUCCGCCGGAGCUUAGGUUCUGGAAGACCCGGGUGAGCUUUGAUCAUACAGAUAAAGAGCACUUGUCCUGGGGCCGAGACGAGAAACGGGCAAUUGCUGGAUGCUUUUAUCUUUCAUCGAGUACCUCACACAUACUUCAAAAACAAUGCCCCUUUCCAUACCAACCCUUUAUCGGCGAAUAUUGCCAAUCUUUAGCAAAGGAUCUUGAAUUCCCAUCCGAUAGCAGUCUACUUUAUAUUAUACAACUUCAAUAUCUCUCUGAAAAGAUGACAUCCGUCUCGAUGCAACAUUUCUCAGAGAAUCAAACAGUCAGCUCAACAAUACAGCACCGGUUUCAAGAAUUACAUUCAGAACUGGAGGCAUAUCGAGCAAAUCUACCAUUUUCUCUAGACGAAAACCAAAUACUCUUUAUGCAAUUCUAUACAACAGAAUUAUAUCUAUGCCAAGUCAGCCUCUUUGACUACAAGCCAAAUACACCAAGUAGGAAGCUUGAUCCUUCCUUCCACAUUGAGGUCUUAUGUGUGGGCCUGAGGGCGGCGAAACACUUUCUUGACUUUUACGUGUCUUUGCCACUACGUGCCGAGAUGUCGUUCAAUAAUACGGGAUGGGUUCAAAUAGGCUUCGCAUUAACUCUUGCAUGCAAGCUCACCAUUACAGCGUGUGAACCAUCUGUUUAUACCCACACCGGGGAACUGUGUCGAACACUAGAUUUAUCAAGUUUGCUAAACAAGUGCAUAUUGAGAAUCCAGGCGUUGAUAACGUCGCACAUGGAUGCAUCUGGUGAUAGAGAUGUUUUCUACCACUACGAAAAACGCAUUAAACGUGUCCAAUGGUGGUUCGAAAGUCGAAAGUUGUCGAUUUCUAAUAAUACCAACAACAAUUACUCGCCGCCACAGUCACGGGGGGCAUACGAGACCACACUACCCUUAAACAACCGGGAGAACUAUUUUGGUGCUUCGAACCUAGUGCAUGAUUACUCUCGAACUACUCCUGCUCCAGACGCCGUAUUACAACAGGAGGUAUUUGAUAUUCAGUGGCCUGCGUUUUUCCCCGACGCCGGAUUUGAUCAGGUUUUUGGUGACUGGGUAACGCACACUACUUUAUCUUCAGAUCAAGAGCAUCUAAACUAG